ACAUUUAUGAUGGGUUGUGAAUGUGAAAGUGGAAAGUACCUUAUGGAAAUCCCCAGCUGCCUUUUAUGUACGGCUAUCAAUCGAGCUGCCUUAACUAGAUUAAAGGCUCGGCGGUGUUGUGGACGCGAGGACUGAAAUACACCGCAUCUCUGAAAGCGUUAUGGACGAUUACGAUUAAAGUGGACGCAAGAGUCAAGCAUCAUAUGGGCUUUGUUGGCGUACAGCGACAUAUUGAACAGAUAUAGAUUGGUUCCCCUCUCCUGAUCACGAUGUCUCAGGGCCAGAACUUUCUGCCCAAGUUCCUGUUCGUGAGUAACCUCCUGAAGGCCGUGAAAAUCCGGGAGCGAGUGCCCAACGAUGUGGUCAAGUCUUCUACCAGUGGCGGGCUGAUCCAUCACCUACGAAGCAUGCACCGCUACACCCUGGAGAUGAUCCGCAUGAGCCAGUUCCCGCAGGCCUUUCGCGAGGUCAUCCAGGCUGCCAUCUUGGACAGGGCCAUGCAGUGCUCGCUGGAACAAGAGAAGAGAUUGAACUGGUGCCGUGAAGUUAAAAAGCUGGUGCCGCUGAGAACCAACGGUGAUGGGAACUGCCUGCUCCAUGCAGCCUCUCAGUAUCUGCUGGGGGUUCAGGACACAGAUCUGGUCCUGCGGAAGGCUCUUUAUGCAGUACUGAAGGAAACAGACACUAGUAACUUUCGAAUGAGAUUUCAGACAGAGCUGCUUCACUCUCAAGAGUUCACCCAGACCGGCCUUCGAUACAGCACUUUGAACUGGGAGGAGGAAUGGGUAAAGAUCGUGGAAAUGGCUUCUCCUGUGUCCAGCAGUAAUGGCUUACAGUUUGACUCUUUGGAGGACAUUCACAUCUUUGUACUGUCGAAUAUUCUACGGAGGCCAAUUAUUGUUAUCGCAGACCAGGUAGUCAGGAGUAUGAAGUCUGGUUCCUCCUUUUCACCCCUCAAUGUUGGAGGCAUGUACCUGCCUUUGCAUUGGCCUCCAGGAGAGUGCUACAAAUAUCCCAUAGUGCUCGGCUAUGACUCCCAGCACUUUGCACCACUGAUCACCAUCAAAGACAGUGGCCCAGAAAUGCGUGCGGUGCCGUUGAUAAACCCCGGCAGAGGAGGCUUUGAAGAACUUCGACUGCACUUUCUAACAGAAAAAGAGCAGCAACAGAAGGAUAAGUUACUGAAAGACUACCUGAUGCUUAUAGAGAUUCCUGUCAUUGGCUUGGGCUAUGAUCCCACCCAGAUUAUUACUGCAGCAAGACUGGAUGAGGGCAAUCUACCAGAGGAUAUGAAUCUGAUGGAGGACUACCUACAGCUGGUCAACCACGAAUACAAGCGCUGGCAAGAGGAUAAAGAGUCCUUAUGGGCACCCCAAUCCCAGCGCCCCCCACCCUUCUCCGUUUCUCAAUUGUCUCUCAUUGAGAUCCGCUGUGCCACACCCCGCUGUACCUUCUACGUUUCUGUGGACACUCAGCCACACUGUCACGAGUGCUUCGAAAAGCGGCAAGCCGGCAGGAAGCCAGAGACAGUUUCCACCACAAAUCAGACCUCACCCUCGGACACGGAGAGUAGGGUACGGCUGGAGCGCUCCACGCUGCCCAGUCCUCGUUCCGCGCCCCCUACGGCCCCUAGCCUGAGCCUUUACAGCGAGACUCAUGCCAUGAAGUGCAAGACGCCCGGUUGCUUGUUCACGCUCAGCGUAGAACAUGACGGCCUGUGUGAACGCUGCUUUACAGCGAGACAAAACAGAACGGCUGCCAACGGGGCGCCGCAAGGCCCUUCGCACGGCUGGGGUCAUGGUCAGUGGGCGACAGGUGGCCUAGAACGAGAGAAGGAUAGGGAAAGGGAAAGAGAAAGGGACACAGAGAGGUGCGUUAUGUGUCGACAGGAAGUCUUUAGGAUAUUUAAUGGCCUUUGCCCGCCCUGCAUGCAAAGGACUGCCAUUUCUGAGAGAGGUGACGCCCAGCAGCAGGAGCCUCUGACAGAGGGCUCAGUGUGGGCACUGCAUCGGGAGGCGGAAAGCACCGGCACCACCAAUCAUACAUGGCAGAAGCCUGCCGCCCGGCCAUGUAAACGUUCCGGCUGCCAGUUCUUUGGAACGGCAGAGAAGCUGGGAUUCUGCACUAUAUGUUAUCUAGACUACCAGACCAAUCACCAGGCCACCCCCGCUAUUGUCCAGCCAAGACACACGUCCGAGGCGGGUUUUCAGAACUGUCCACGGUGCCGCGGCCAGGGCUGUGGCGCGGAGGGAAAGGCAAUGCUGGAGGGUUACUGCAACAAGUGCUUUGUGAAGGAACAGAGCACUAGACUCACCCAAGCUGCUAGCAGGGGUUCUCAUUCCCCACCUCUCGUCACGCGGGCCUCCAAGCCCCGGCCGCCUCCGAUUAUCAACCAGGCGCAGUGUCGGCGUAGCGGUUGCAAGAACCUCUCUCCCGGCUGCACGGACCUCUGCCCGGACUGCAUCAGCCGCGGCCAGAGAGAGGGACGGCGUGCCCAGGCACCCAAAGAGAAAAGCAAACAGCGCUGCAAGACACAAGGCUGUGACCACUACGCGAAUCAAGACAAACAAGGCUACUGUAACGAAUGUGACCACUUCAAACAGAUUUACAGAGGGUGACUGUUCCAGGAAUAUUUUUUGCCUCGGGGAGGGCUUGAACCCGGUGGUGCUGUAGAAUUGGCGAUUACCUCUCUUUCGCAUCAUGUGUUUAGGACAGAAGCGAGAUGCAAGCAUCGCAAAACCAAUGACACGCAGUCACGUCACACCUGUGGCAUCUGUUGUUUUUACUGAACAGGGUAAUACAUUUGAAAACAAAUUGAGGUAAGCAUGUACUCGAAUUAAGGAUUUCGAUGACCCACGUAAUUGACCAAAGUUAAUUUUCCGAGUCUAAAUCGCCACUGUGGACUGCAGAACGGCAACAGGCCUUUUGGAAGUACAGGAAUAAGACGGAACAGGGUAUGCGCAGACCACCGGAGGACAGCGUUUGAUAGUUUCUUCAUAAAAUGUAGGUUAAGUGCCAAUGAGAGCUCGCUGAGCAGAGCUCCAGUUUCAUUUCCUGCUGCACCAUUUGAUGUCAGCGAGCAGUAUGUAUCUGUUGCCUUUGAGAAUGUUUUUGUUUACCAUUGCUGACUUUUUGCUCUUGAAACUGUUUUUCACUUUUGCUUGCCUUGCUAUACUUCAUAUGACCUGGUCCUUUCUAUCGAAUGGAUACAUGUUUUCCUGUGGCUGAAAAAUUCCUUAAGUGCUAUGAAAGCCAGAUACUUGACACUUUCCCGACCUCUUUCGCAGACUAAAUUCAAUGAAGCCGAAGGGAGUUGCCGUGCCAAAAAUAGCUUCUCAGAAAUUUUGAUGAAACUAAUUGGAAACAACCAAACACAAAACAACACACCCAGUGUUGGUUCUGUAAACUCCCCGUUGGCUCUACUAGACCAGACACAUUCUUUGGUUGCACUACUCUCCUUUAAACACACAACGCCUCAGUCUAUACUUUGCAUACGUUUAGUAUGCACGAACUGACAUCCUCUAUUUGAAUAUUGCCGCAAUAUCUGCACAGAUGUGAAUAAAGUUCUUGUUAGCUCCUGUGGCGUCAUUUCUAAAAAACAAACUGACUGUGUUAAACAUUCCCAUCUUUGAAGUCCAAUAUUGUGCAAGCACAUUUAGCUUUGUCUGCUUGAGAAUUAGAUUCACAUGGACUUCCCAUAAAGAGAUGUGCUUUGGAUAAACACACGAGACAAAUUGACAGUCGAUUUAUGAUAUUAAGAGUAUCUACUCUUCAGCUACUAGAUCUGUCGGUUCAGAUCAUCACAAACUUGCACAAUACUUAAUAUAAGCUGCUCCGGAAUUAGGAAUGGUACUUGGGACUUAAAGGACAUAGUGACAUUCCAGUUAUAGAGGUAAAUAGACGACAAUAGACAUUUUGUGCAACCUUUCAUAUAGAGUAUCGUAUGAAAAUCCUUGUUUUUUUUUGGUUUGUUUGGUAUUUAUUCACAGCAAAUAUUAUCUGUAAUGUGUUUCAAGAAUUAUUUAUAUGUUGUCCUGAAAUAAAUUAUUUUUAUUAAGAAAUUAA